UCUUUCUCACUCCUCAAUCACUAAGCAUUUUCUUCUCUUUCACUUAUUAUAUGUCAGAAACAACUACUAUAAUAAUUGGCCUUUAUUACCAUCCUAAGUCAUCUGAUCUCUACUAAUAUUUUCAUAUUUGAAAAAGCUUCCUAACUUUUAAAAUACUCUUGGCCUUUUCAAGAUUUUACAGAAUACCGCCUCUGGGCUUUGUGCAUGUGCUGCCAAAAAUAACAAUUCAUUUGAAAGUGUCGGUGAUUAGCAAGGAAGAGGUGAAUCUUGGAAUUGAUUUCCAUUUCCAGGGGAGCUGUGUGAGAAAAGAAACCCGCAAACCAAGAAAACCAAAACCAGAAGUAAGAUAUUCAAGAGAAGAUGGUGGAAACGGCACAUCACAACCACCAGGCGCCGCCGGGUCAUGGUCAUGGUCAUGGUCAUGGGGCUCCACCGCCGCCGCCGGUGGUAGCGCCUCCGCUAGGUGCUGCUAGAGGCCCUUUUUACCCUCCAGCAGAGCAGCUCCUUCAGCUCCAUUACUGCAUCCAUUCCAAUCCUUCUUGGGUACAAACAGCAGUGCUGGGUUUCCAACAUUACAUUGUCAUGCUUGGAACCACUGUGAUGAUUGCCACUGCACUAGUGCCUCGGAUGGGCGGCAGCCCUGGUGAUAAAGCUCGAGUUAUCCAGUCAUUGCUCUUUAUGUCGGGAGUGAAUACUCUCUUGCAAACAUGGUUCGGCACACGACUUCCAACUGUGAUGGGCCCAUCAUUUUCGUAUAUUAUAUCGGUGUUGGCAAUCAUCAAUGAUCUAUUUGAUAGCGAUUUCCAAGAUGAUCACGAGAGAUUCACUCACACCAUGAGAGCCAUUCAAGGAUCACUAAUAGUAUCUUCAUUUCUGAACAUUAUACUUGGAUAUAGCAAUGCAUGGGGAAAGCUUACAAGGCACUUCGGUCCAAUUGUUUUGGUUCCAGCUGUCUGCGUGGUGGGUCUCGGCUUAUUCUCUAGGGGCUUCCCGCAGCUUGCUAACUGUGUGGAAAUUGGCUUGCUCAUGUUAAUUCUACUGGUUAUCUCACAACAAUACUUGCAACGCCUCCAUCCAAUUGCUCAGCCAAUGCUCGAAAGAUAUGCUUUGCUUUUGUGCGUUGCAAUUGUUUGGGCAUUCGCUGCAAUUCUGACUGUUGCUGGUGCUUACAAAAAUGUCAAGCAGCAGACGAAAAUAAGCUGUCGUACAGAUCGCUCUUUUCUUUUGUCAUCUGCUCCAUGGAUCAAGAUUCCAUAUCCUUUUCAGUGGGGUACCCCUAUAUUCAGAGCAAGUCAUGUAUUUGGGAUGAUGGGUGCUGCACUUGUUUCCUCUGCUGAGUCGACUGGAACAUUUUAUGCUGCAGCAAGGCUUUCUGGUGCUACUUCUCCUCCAGGGCAUGUGCUGAGCCGAAGUAUAGGUCUGCAGGGUAUAGGCCAGCUGCUUGAAGGCAUAUUUGGUGCUGUCGUUGGAACUACUGGUUCUGUUGAAAAUGUUGGCCUCCUGGGACUAACUAGAGUUGGGAGCAGAAGAGUGGUUCAGAUAUCCACUGGUUUCAUGAUCUUCUUCUCAAUAUUUGGAAAAUUUGGGGCUUUUUUUGCAUCGAUUCCAUUGCCGAUAUUUGCUGCAAUCUACUGCAUCUUAUAUGGUAUCGUUGCUGCGACUGGGAUUUCACUUAUCCAGUUCACAAACAACAAUUCCCUGCGAAAUAUAUAUGUAUUGGGCGUCUCCCUGUUCAUGGGUAUAUCAAUUCCUCAAUAUUUUAUCAGCAAUACAAAUGCAGCUGGGCAUGGACCUGUCAGAACAAAAGGAGGAUGGUUCAAUGAUAUCUUGAAUACCAUAUUCUCUUCACCACCCACUGUGGCACUGAUCGUUGGAACACUUCUGGACAAUACACUUGAAGCCAGGCAUGCUGUCGAGGAACGGGGGCUUCCGUGGAUGGUACCCUUCCAUCAUAGGAAGGGAGACAGCAGAAAUGAGGAAUUUUACAGCUACCCUCUAAGGAUUAGUGAAUACAUUCCUACCAGAUUUCUGUGAUAAGUUAUGCAUGUAUAUAUUCAAGAAUAAACUCGAUGAGGUUCUCAAAAAGGAGAAAGAGAAAAAUGUAUGAAACGCUGAUUAGUUUCCUUUUAUUCUCUUCCAGCUUGGGCCACUUGUAGAACAUUGCCUUCAUGUAGAGGCUGAUGAAGGAUUUCUGUAAGCUAAUUGUGUUCUGGAAUGUAUAUGAUUUUAAGGGCUACAUUGAGUUAACACCCAAUAAUAUUUCUAUUUUUGCCCCUCCUCA